GUUAACCGGCCCCCCUGGAGGCAAAGUGACCAAUCGAAUCAGCUUCAGAGGAAAACCAACCCCCCAGCAUUAUAAACACAGGAGUGAGACAUACAAACCUGCUUAAAGAAAGAAAAAAAAAAUUCCUACCAACCACUUGUGGGAAGUUUCUUGCCAGUGCUGGGACCAAUACACACAACUGGCCCACCACCUUUUCUGGAAGCCAGGUAUCCGUCUCCCUUCUCCUGCACACACGCUCUUCAGGCACUGAAGAUGAGAACAGAUACGUUAGAGAGCAAUAACACCAAAUCUAGCGCUCCCCUCCUAACCCAAAGAUACCUGAGGAUGGUCACUAAGGACGGACACAGCACAUUCCAGAUGGACGGUGCCCAAGGAAAAGGUCUGGCAUACCUACGCGACGCAUGGGGAAUAUUAAUGGACAUGCGCUGGAGAUGGAUGAUGCUCGUCUUUUCUGCUUCUUUUGUCAUGCACUGGCUAGUCUUCGCAGUGCUUUGGUAUUUACUGGCUGAGAUGAAUGGGGACCUGGAGCUGGACCAUGAUGCUCCACCUGACAACCACACUAUAUGCGUCAAGUAUAUCACCAGCUUCACAGCUGCCUUCUCUUUCUCACUGGAGACACAACUCACUAUUGGUUAUGGCACUAUGUUCCCAAGUGGGGACUGUCCUAGCGCUAUUGCCCUGCUUGCUAUACAGAUGGUGCUGGGGCUCAUGCUGGAAGCCUUCAUCACAGGUGCCUUCGUGGCAAAGAUCGCCCGACCAAAGAACCGAGCGUUCUCCAUCCGCUUUACCCGCUCUGCGGUCGUCAGCCAGGCGGAGGGCAGGCCGCACCUCCUGUUCCAGGUGGCCAACACCCGCUCCAGCCCCCUCACCAGCGUCCAGAUCUCUGCUAUUCUUUACCAAGAGCAGGAAAACGGACAGCUGCACCAAACUAGCGUUGACUUCCACCUGGACAGUAUUACUUCUGAAGAGUGUCCAUUCUUCAUCUUUCCACUGACCUACUCCCACUCUAUCACUCCCUCCAGUCCCCUGGCUGCUCUCCUCCAAAGGGAGGCCACUCGCCAUUUCGAGCUGGUGGUCUUCCUGUCGGCUGUGCAGGAAGGCACAGGAGAAAUGUGCCAGAGGAGGACGUCCUAUCUCCCCUCAGAGAUCAUGCUGUACCAUCGCUUUGCCUCCACGCUAGCCCGCAGUGCCAAAGGGGAAUACCAGAUCAAGAUGGAGGAUUUUGACAAGACUAUUCCAGAGCUCCCAGCUGCGGCUGACUCAAAGAGUCCAAAAAGGACUGCCAAGGAGAUCCGCAUCAACGGACAGCACGCUGACAGCUUCCAGCUCUCCGAGACUGGCCUGACAGAAUAGACAGAACAGACUUUGAACUUUGUGCCUUUUUUUUUUUUUAUUAUUAUUAUUACAUUUAACUUUCAGGUUCCAUUUACAACCUUCCUUCCUUCCCUGCCCUGCCAUCUUCUAGUGAGCUUUCUCCCGUACUCCCAUCCUUUGACUGCAACACGAUAUGCAGAGCACAGAGAACUAGCGUGCCCGUGUAAACCGAGGAGCGCCUGGAUGAGCCACGCUGAACAAAGUCAGGUUCGAGAAUCACAGCACAAAAUUCUGGGAAACUGAGUGAGCUACCUGCUGAAUUCACCAGACUAUGAUUAAAGCUGCACUGACCCUGAAAGGAGGGAGCUUCAAAACUCCCGAAGCUCACCGAAAUACUAAUUAACCAGUUUGUGGCAAGAUGGACAGGAACAAUAAAGGAGGAAAAAAAAAAUCUCACUUAAAACCAAAAUGGGGUCAUUCAGUAAAUAUAUUAGUUUGGUAUAAGCAACACAAGUUGACCCAAGAUCCUAAUUUUUCCUGUUCUCUUAAUCCUUUGGGAGUACAGGGUUUUAUCAGUUUUCAGAUGGCUGAAUUUACCCUUAGAAAGUACUGCCAAUCUCUUUUAUGGCAGUAAAAAGUACUCCUGCUGUGCUUGCUUAUUAAGCGAAAUUGUAAAUACUAACUGUAGUUCUUCAUUCUGCCAAAUAAGAGGUGAAUAUAUCAUCUUAAGACAGGUCUACAAAGACUUUAUCAAAAAAAAUCUUGAAGUAUAUGAUAAAUGUUGCAGUGUAAAUUUUUUUCGUAUUUGGAUACACUAAAUAAAUUAUUUAGCAAUAGAAAACAGCAUUCUAAAUACAUUAGUGUACUUUUUUUUGGAAAGGACAAUACAUUUGUGCACUCAGCUUUGCACUGCAUGUCUCAAGUAGGUCUGACCCAGAAGGAUGCACUAUAUCCACAAGUAGAACUGCAUCCAUAUUUUAUGCUUUAACGUUAAUAUUUUUCUGUACACACAGCACAAAAAUCAUUUACAAAGAGACACUUAAAUCGAUUUUAAAAUAAAAAAUUAAAACAAACAAUGAGACUUUUGUAUUUAAGUGCCUCAAAAGCCAAUUGCAAUUAAGAAGCUAUUCUGAAGCUCCUAAAUAAUUUA